AUGUGGCAUCAUUCAGCGCAUUCUACCGACUGUACCACGGCGAGUGUUCUGAGGAGUUAUUCUUCUUUAUCCCUCAAUCAACAUUCUUCAGAGACCACGCGCGCUGGCCUACGUUGCCACCGACUUACUGUGGCCACUAUUCCUACACGAACAAAGAAAUUUGGUGACUCCUUUCUUUGUCGUUCUCUUCGUAAGUGGAAUUCUUUGCCCGCGCACGUGUUCUCUCCUUCCUAUAAUCUGGGGUCCUUUAAGAGAGGCGUGGAAGAAGCAUUUUUGCAGGCCGGCAAGGUGAGGAUGGUUGGCAUAAGCGCUGAAGAGUCUGGCCGCGAAGCCGACGGCAUCCAAGCGCAGGGCGCUUACUCUUACACCGGUGACGACGGCCAGGUCUACAGCGUGCGGUACACUGCUGACUCCAAUGGAUUCCAGGCGCAAGGAGCUCACCUACCCACUGCCCCACCCGUGCCUGAAGCCAUCGCAAGAGCGCUCCAGGAGAACGCGAGAGACGAAGCCAAUGGCAUAUAUGAUGAUGGAAGCUACCACGAGGGCAAAUACUCCGAUUCUGGGGUGGUAGCGGCCCGAGCUUACAACCCACCCAACCAGUACAACCCUUACCGUGCAAGACACUACUGAACCAACCGGAGCGAAGAACUUAACGAACUAUAAGUCUUUAAUAGUUCUUUGGAGUUGUUCGUGUUAAAUCGCCUACAAAAUGUGAUUAGCGAACGUGCCAUUGAUGUAAGAUUUUAAGUAAAAAAAAUAUGCAAAUAUACAACACCG